CGUUAUUCAUGCCAAGUUUCAUUUAUCGAGCGAUAUUAUGAUAAUAAGUAAACGCGCGGGCGACUUGAUUAGCAGCGCCGAGUCCGUCCAUGACGAGCGCGCUGGACGCGUCGAAAAUUCGCGACAAAACAAGCUACAGCCGUGUUUUGUUCAGCCGAAGGGGAGGAGAGAAUAUCCGACAACAGAUUUGACCUUGCAGUAGGGGGGGGGGGCGAGCGCUCCCCCUCCCGGAGAAAAACGAGCGCGCUAGAGGAGCCCGAGGACAACAACUCGCAGGGGGCUAGGGACGGCAGCUAUUGCGCAAUGCGGCCUCCGAUUACCAGUUCGCAGCGUCACGGUCAACUAGCCCGAGCCAGCUCGCGCCGUCAACAGAGCCUCGACGCUGACGGACCGAGGGGGGACAACCUCUUUUCUGGAAUAUUCCAGCGGAGCUCGGCUCGAGGGACGGCGUCGCGCGCGGACAGGCAAGAUGGACUUACCCGCAAGAAAAUGGUCCGGUCCGGCCAGAGUCAUGCUCGGGCGCGCUCGACUUCCAGCUCAGCAAGCUGCUGCUGCAGAGCGGACCCCGCCGCCCAUCUCAUCUAGCCGUCCCCCUGAGGCGACAGCUCCUGGGCUUCCUCCGUCUUCCUGCAGGUAGCGAUGCGACUGCUACGGGGAGCUGCUGGCCUGGCGGAGCACUGCUGCGCGGACACUGCGCGAUGGGACACAAGUACACAAUGCGGGACAUGCGCGCACCCCUCCCCCCCCCCCCCCGAAAGCUCAUGAGGGAGAGAUAUACUUAUAGCCGCUGUUGCUCACUUCCCCCUGCCGACGGCGCAGGGGUGCGCGCGUGCGCGACCGAUGCGUUCGCGGCUACCUUCCGCGCUCUCGAGUACAUGAAAAUGCUGAUUACAUUCCUGUGGCGGCGAUCGAACGGCUACUUACUGAGCUUUGCUCGGAACGAAACUCGGGAGUCAUCGAUGCUUGUCGAACGAAAAUACACGCUGUCCCUUACUUUUUUAAGAAAAUGACGUACGGCUUGAAGAAGUGAGCGAGGCCGACCCAUGCCGCCUGUUACUACUGGGCUAGCAGACGGCGGCGGCCACGUGACCGCGAAACUGUUGUCUACUAUUUGCCUGUAUACACCUAUAGGCUAGCCGUGCCGCGAGCGCACCACAGCAUCGCCGCAUCCCAUGCGCGAUAACGAGAUGACCUUCCUUUUCACCCAUUACGCUUAGAAAUACAGUACUUCCAUUGUUUUCUGGCCGAUCGAGACGUGAUGUACGAAAUUUCGAACCAUCUUAGGUGACAAGGAUUGAUCGGAAUUAUGAGUUACUCUCUGCUAUUGCAACUUGCACGAUGUAGGACAUUCAACAGAUGCAUCUUGGAGAGAUGCUUAAAAGAGUUUAGGCCUCGACUCUACUGCAUAAACAAUGACGAUGCUUACACCAGAAAGCAGGAGCUCAAACAGCAACGUCGCGCCAGGAGAAAAGAAAUCAAAGCCCGACUGAUCAAAGACUUUCAGCAGACCAAACAAAAAGUUGAGCAAAUCAUAGAGAGAGAAAAUAUCUGGACUGUUCCCAACUUUCUCUGCAUAGGAAGAAUAUUGACUACUCCGUGUAUAAGCUAUCUGAUAGUAUGCCAAGAUUAUCAGGUUGCUCUCUGGCUUCUUGGAUUUGCGGGUCUUUCCGACCUAGCUGAUGGAUGGAUUGCGCGUACCUGGACUUCGCAAGCUUCAAAGCUUGGAAGUUUUCUUGAUCCGGUGGCGGACAAAUUGUUAGUCGGCACAAUGUUCCUGUCUUUAACAUGGGUUAGCUUAAUUCCCGUACCUCUUACGUGUCUGGUAGUAGCAAGAGAUGUUGCCUUAGUAGCUGCUGCAUCGUAUAUCAGAUAUCGUUCCUUACCACCACCAAAAACCUUGGCAAGGUAUUUUGAUGCUACGCAUGCUACAGUACAGCUGGCCCCAACAACAAUCAGUAAAUUCAAUACAGGGGUACAGCUAAUGCUGAUAGCUGGGACUCUAGCAGCUCCUGUAUUCCACUUUGUGGAUCAUCCAAUCCUCCAAGGACUGUGUUAUCUUACAGCGAUAACAACUAUUGCUGGUGGUGUGAGUUACUUGGUAACAAAAGAUACCUACAAAAUUUUGUCCAAGAAAAAAAAAUCCACUAGGCAAUCUCCUUCGUGUAAAAAUGACGAUAAUUAAAAAAAUGACGCAAAAAGCUGUUAUUUCUAUGUACAUAUUUAUUAAAUUUGUUUCAAAACUAAA